ACAAUCCACAACAAACAUGGCGUCGCCUGAGCGGUAUCAAGAACGUGAAUCACUGAAAAAGGAUAUUAGCCAAGACGAUGGGGGCAAAAAAGCAGCUCCGAUAUCUUUCGGUUUUAGUAAAACACUGAUCAAGGUCAAAUCCGGGAAAGCGGAGGAGCGAGAUUAUUUAGUUGAAGUCGAAGGAAAAGAACUAAAAGGAACCAAACCGGUGGAGAAACCGAAGGAGCUGAUUAUCCCAUUGAUCCACAAGAACCGCUGGUACCGACAGGAUGCUGAGCGAGCGGAUAAAACCAGCGAAGAGAAGACCGAAGAACCGUCAGAGGUGAAGCAGGACACGGUCGAGUCUCAAGCUGUCAAAGAACUCAUCGAAGAGUCUCAGAAGUACCAGGACAGAUGGAAGAAUGGACCGCAGUCGGAUCCAAACUUUGCUAUUCCUCUUCUCAUGCAGAACCAGGUCCCUGAUGGCUUUGAGGAUGGAGAUAAAGUCAAUGUGGAUCUGCGACCUGAGUCGUCCACAGAGGCCGACUAUGAGCGUGUGCCUGUGGAGGCUUAUGGAUUGGCCAUGCUGAAGGGAAUGGGCUGGAAGCAAGAAGAAGGAAUCGGACGCACAUUUAAACAAGAUGUAAAGCCCAUAGAGCAUCAGUUGAGGCCUAAAGGGUUGGGUUUGGGUGCUGAUCGAUCUGCAAUUAAAGACCUGGAGCCCGGAGUCCCCAAGAGACCACCUAAACCUGGAGAUGAGAAGGGGAAAGAGGAGGAGGCUCUAGUUCUGGGGCCUGGAGGAUGUGUGCAGGUCCUGGCAGGAGCACAUAAGGACCUGUACGGGAAGAUAGAGGGAGUGGAUCCAGAUAACGGCAGAGUUGUGGUCAAACUCGCCAUUGGCGGCAAGACAGUGACCAUCAUUCAGCACUCCAUUAAACUAGUCACAAGGAAAGAAUACGACAAAUACAGCAAAGACCUCAGUCGUCUUAGUAAAGCACAUAAAGACAAGGAAAGAGAAAAAGAACGGGAACAAAAGAGGGAACAGGAGCAGAGGUUAAACGGCAAAGAUGAGAGAGGAAAGACGGAUAGAAGUCGAGAAAAAGACAGAGACCAGAAGAAAAGAAAACACAGAGAAUCAAGCACAGACCGAGAGAAGCCUCCGCCAGCUAAGGAGUCUCGCUCUUCUCCACCAGCUCCAUCAUGGCUCCAGCGGGACCUCCGUGUGCGCUUCAUUGAUAAAGCUUUCAAAGGAGGAAAAUACUACAACUCUAAGAUGAGAGUGGAGGACGUCCUGACCCCUCACACCUGUGUUUGUCGUACAGAAGAGGGCAGAAUGCUGGACGAUAUUAGACAGAAAAUGCUGGAGACAAUUGUACCCAAGAACGACUCUGACUAUAUAAUGGUGGUUCUGGGAGAACACAGAGGACAGGUGGGCCGCAUCUUGAAGCGGGACAGAGAGAAGUGUCGAGCGAUGGUUCAGCUGGAUCGAUAUGAGGAAAGGGUGUUCACUCUUGACUACGACACCAUCUGUCAUUAUGUGGGCGGGACAGAUCACUGAGCAGCCAAUCAGAUAAUACAACACACAUUUCAUCAAGUAGCAAUUGGCUGCUUUUCCCGUCAUCACAAAAGACCAACAUGUCAUAUUUUUAAUACAAUUUAGACUUAAUUUAUCUUGCCAGUUUGAUGUUGUAUUUUUAAAUGCCAGUUCAGACUCAGAUGUGGAGUCAUGAUUGGUUCUUAAAGCAACAUAAAUGUCCUGUUAGCAUAAGAGUGUGUUAUGUUGCUAAUAGAAACGUGUCAUGUUUCUGUCUGUAUAAAUGAAUGUUUAGGGUCAUCUUCAUAUCAGUGUCUAUUGCAGAUCUGGGAAGAAAAUAUCAAAGUUUGAUCCCUUGUAAUUGUGGAAAAGACUUUCACUGCCAGUUCAUUGGAAUCAAAACACUUGCUUUGUUAAUUUUUUUUAGUCCAAUAAAGACCUCAGUUUGUUGUUUACGUUUGCACGCCACCUACAAAUCUCAUCCUUUUAUAAUAAAAUGUACAAAUGCCA